AUGCCAUCGCCUGUUACUCAAUUAGCUACAAACUGUGACGGAUCAAUUCUGGCUGUUGAUGUUAAAAUAAAUGGUGUUCCUCACAUCCAGAUGUAUUCAGUUCCUUCGUUUUUAACUCCUGUAAGUUUAUUGAAGACCAUUAACAUCAGGAAGUUACUUACUAUGAACAUUUAUUAUUUUAGAACAUUCAAAAAAUCAGCGAACUUCGUCUGUCAACCGAUAACGCGAAUUCCACCAAUUACCAAUAUUAAUGACAGCUUUGAAAUUCCUGAAUUAAUUGACAUUAAUGUUAAGGACACUGAACAUUUUGAGAUCCCAGCGACACAGGAAUUAACAGAUGAUUUAAGAUCUCCACAAAUUCAAAAUUUGUCAAUUAAUGAAAAUGAACACGAAGAAUUCCCAGCUACACAAGAUAUGUCACCAGAGCAUGAAGAAAUUCUGACAACUCAAGAAGUUUCAGAUAAGCAAGGACGGCUAAUUUCCAUAUCAGGCAUUCAAGAUGCUUCAGCGCGAUCAACGGCAACUAAUAAGAUACCGUUUUCUGUGUAUGAAGAUUCUACAUGUGAGGUGCCACAAGUUGCACACAAACCAUCAAUAGUUCAGCCUUUAAAUCAAUCAACUGCCAAUAUGUCACGAAAGGAAAAUUUAAUAGUUCCACAAUUCAAACGAACCAAUUCAGACGAGUUCCUUGAUUUGUGCAAAAGUUUUCCACAAUUAAACUAUAAGCCAGCACAAGCCAUUGGGAAUCAACCGAGAAAUAAAAUCAGUGACUUACCGAAAAAUGAGAUUAGUGACCUGCCAAGAAAUGAAAUUAGCGACUUACUUAAAUUCUCAGAUGCUAAAUCGAAAUUGUCACUUGAAGCCACUUUCAAUGACUUGCAAAUUAAUAAGCCAUUCAAGAGUCCUAGUCCAACAAUGAAUAUUUUUGAAGCUGAUCUUAAUACUGAGAAAUUCAAUUUGCCACUUAAAUUCGGCAUUAAUUCGACCGUUAUUGGAGAUGUCACAAAGGUUGUUCCUGUCACAAAGAAACCAGAACUCAAUGAAUUCUUAGAUUUGAGUAUUGAAAUGAAUGAAGACGAAUUUGGUCGUUUGGGAAAGAAUAAAUCACAAGCUGCUGAGAAAGCGAUUAGCCCCAAACCAGAUGAUGAAGAAGAUGAUGAUUUAAGUAAAAGUAUUUACCAUAAUCCAAAGAAAGAUCAGACAAUUGUCGAGUUUGAAGAUGCAGAAACUUGGGAAGAUGAAAAAAUGUACAGCUUUCUUGGUGACGGUCCAAAUCAUUAUGAAUACACAAUCAUUCAGAAUUUCGAUGAAUCAUUGUCAUUUAAAUUAAGAGAUGCAAUUGUGAAGAGCAAAGGAAAUCCAUUUUCUAAAGAUGUUCGCACAUUGAUUCUUGAACAAUGCAAUUUCGAACAAUAUCUUGAAGAUCACAUUGAUUCCUGUUCUUUAUUAAAGAAUGUUCCUCAAUUAAAAUCCGGAGGGACUUUACAGUGUGGAAAUGACAUGUAUAAAGUGGCUAAAAUUCUUGGAAAAGGUGGAUUUGGUUCAGUUUUUGAAGUGCGCAACAUGAAGAACAAUGAAUCGUAUGCAGCAAAGCAAGAAAAACCACCAAAUCUAUGGGAAUAUUAUAUUUUAAUCGAACUAGUCUCUCGAUUAAGUUCAAAGAACAUUAAUCACAUGAUUCCAGCUUAUAUGCAUGUCUACAAAGCUAUUGUUGCCAAUAAUGCUAGUGUCUUAAUCUCGGAAUAUUCUCCACAUGGAUCACUCAUUGAUGUUUGCAAUAAAAUUAAGCAAGGCACUAGUAAAAACGUUGAUGAAUAUAUUGGAAUGAUUUUUACAUCACAGCUCUUGUCUAUUAUUGAUUAUCUCCAUUCAUGUCACAUCAUUCAUGCUGAUAUUAAGCCUGACAAUUUUGUUUUGAUGUCCAAAAUUGCUAUUGGAAUAAAAGUUCCAUCACUGCAGCUAAUAGAUUUUGGAUCUGCAAUUGACAUGGAUAGCUUCGAUAAAGAUGAUGAGUUCACUUAUGUCGUGAAAACAGACAAUUUUACAUGCUGUGAGAUGCUUGAGAAUCGGUCAUGGACAUAUCAGACAGAUCUUUUUGGUAUUUGUGGGACAGCUCAUGUGAUUCUAUUUGGAAAGUAUAUAGAAGUUGAAAAGAAGUCAAGCAAUUGGCAAAUUAAGACAAGAUUCCCAAGAUACUUCCAGAAAGAUAUUUGGGAUAAAUUCUUCAAUACUUUACUUAAUGUUCCAGACUGUAAGACUAUGCCGAAUCUUCAAACGUUGAAGCAGCACUUUGAUGAAGAAAUCUCAUACAGACAAAAGUAUAUAUCAGAUAAAGUGGCUGAAUUUAAUAAUGCUCUGCUUAGUUAG